AAAGCCACAGUGAGCGACAUCCUGGACUCGGUGGACAGGACCCUGUCCGAGUACCAGGGUACGAUACAGAGGAUCGAGUCUGAAAAUGAGGGCCUGAAGCGGCUGCUGCUCGCACACAAGAGCAGGGAGUCUGCAGCGAGAGAUAUCCACAAACAAGAUGCCACAGAGAAGCUUUUGACUCCAGGAUGGAGCAGUCGUCCGAUCAGUUCCACCCAGUCCAUAUGCAGCAGUGACAAGAAGAGCUGCAGGAGGAAGCAUAAAGACAAGUUGAGGGAGAGUGUACCCUCUGCCUCCUUCUUUCUGCAGACCAAUCACAUGGUGGAACAACCAUGUGUGAACAUGUCAGAGGCCCAGACCAAGACUCCAGAGGCGGUGACGGUGAAGUUAAAGUCACCAUUGUUUCUGACAGCUACAUUCAAGAUGGACAGUUCAUUAAGAAAGAGGAGGAGGAGCAGCAGAAUGGGGUGUUGCAGUAUGGUGACAACGACUGUUUCUCUAAGCAGGAGUUGAAGCAUGCGUUGAGAUAUUACCCUGAAUCACAAGAUCAUGAGGGAGUAAGCAGAGAGGUUGCAGAUCCAGAAGAAGAGACGCACAAGGAAAAUGAUUCGCCCACUGUUCCCGCGGACGAGUUUUUUGGAGAUCCAUGACAACUUCUUGCGCUGUCCCACCUGUCCCAAAACAUUUAGCCGAGCAACCUCGCUCAACAUCCACAUCAAGACUCACAGCGCAGAGAAGGUGCACAGCUGCAGCUACUGCGGCAAACGCUUCGGCCGGGCUGACCUCCUCAAAUCCCACAAGCGCACCCACACGGGUGAAAGACCCUACAGCUGCAACACCUGCAGCAAAACGUACGCCCACCCCAGCCAGCUCAGGAUACACAAACGCAUACACACUGGAGAGAAACCGUAUUCCUGCUCACACUGCGGGAAGCGCUUCAACGAGCACAACCAGCUCAAAGUCCACUUGCGGACUCACACCGGGGAGAGGCCUUACAGCUGCAAGGAGUGCGGCAAAACAUUCAGCAACGCAGGGAACCUGCGCAUACACGAGAGGAUCCACACCGGCGAGAAGCCGUACUGCUGCGCUCAGUGCGGGAAAAGGUUCAACGGCUUGGGCGAUCUGAAAACGCAUUACAGGAUUCACACCGGAGAGAGGCCUUACAGCUGCGAGCUGUGCAAGAAGACCUUCAGCCAGACGGGCCACCUCACCAUACACAUGAGGAUGCACACAGGGGAGAGGCCGUACAGCUGCAACGAGUGCGGCAAGAGGUUCACGGUGGCCAGCAGCCUCAAGCUGCACCAGAGGACUCACACGGGGGAGAAGGAGUACAGCUGCUCGUACUGCAGCAAGAACUUCAGCAGGUCGGGCCACCUGAAGAGACACGAGCUGGUCCACACCAAAGAGAAGGUCUUCCUCUGCAGCCAGUGUGGAAAGACCUACACGGACCAGUCCUCCCUGAAGAAGCAUUUUGAAAAUGCACGCGGCCAAGGAGCAGAGGGGUCAGGGCGAGGGAAGCACCAGUGA